UAUGCGGGGAAUAAAUAUUUGCUUUUGGGCAUGAGGAAGAAUGCGGAAAAGAGUAUGCGAAGUCAAAAUGGGAACUCUUUAUUGGCUACAACGAAGGAAAAAAGCGGGUAAAAUGUUGCCAAAUUAUCAGGGGAAUGACAGCGACUUCAGGUAUCCCAACCCAUCGCACGGCAAAAAGCACCUUGAAAAAAAUCCAUGGGCGCCAAAAGGCUGUUUCUCAUGGUUGGCAGCUCUGCGCUAGGCAAGGAAAAGCCUGCUCGGUAACAAUGUACGUCCCGGGACUGCUCUGCGCUUGUAGCCAUGCGGGCAAAACAAUGCUACAACGUCAAUAGGAAGCACAAUAGGAUAAUAAAUACGCCGAGCUGUCAGGCGCAAAACAAAGCAACAUGCAAUUGCAAAAAAAAAAAAAAAAAAAAAAAAAUACAAAACACCAAAAAAUUAGUUUUCAGGAUGGAAGUAUUUGGGGCUGUUUUGUCCACAGGCGUGAGGACUGAGCGCUGCUAACGAUGAGACGAACGCUGCUUUAGGUCAAGUUUAUUGAUAGAGCGUUUUGAGCUCAAGGUUGUGCGCGAAUAGCUUCAAGGUUGUGUGCGAAUAGCUGAAUGCUGGAGGGAAACGCAUCCGCGCCGCUGAGAGGUGCGUGGAAUAUUAAAAAUGUAAAUUAUUUUGCCCAGUGAAAAAUUAUAACAUUUAUCAUUAAAAGGGAAUACGAUUGUUUUUCCUAGCUUUCACUUGCAGAGAAGUAAAACCUAAAAAAAACCAAAACCAAAAACAAAAACAAAAACAAACAACAAAACCAGCCAAAAUACAUUUCUCAGCACAAAAAAGCACCGUGGGUCCAUAUGCACACUGUACAAGCCAACGUGAUAUUUUACAGCCAAAGAAGAUUCAAGACGAAUUGUAGGCCCCGGGGUUUACUAUUAUAGCAACAAAUAAUACAGCGGAAUCGCGAUGGAGAUCCGAUUAACCGUCCCUCUCCCCGAGCCUAUCCUGAAAGGUAAUAACAAAUAAAAUCGGGAUUUCCUGAUCUUUUCCUCUUAUCUGACUCCUGAGGCUUUGUGGCGAGAGGAGCGAGAUGGGUCCUGGGCUUUCAACGGGCAGGAAGGAAGGAGGAAAACACCCAGAAAGGACCCCGUGAGACUCCUCUUCGAGACCUUUAUCAGGCCCGGCAGUUUGCGGCGGGCUCCCCGCGCCACCCGGCCGGGGCCCCGCCAGCGCUCCCCGGGGAGAGGCGGCGGUUCAAACCGGGGGAGGAAGAGGGUCAAGGGGGUGCGGCUUAUCUCUCCCCGGAGAUGAGGGGAGGCCUCCGAGACUUCCGUGGCGCUCGGGGCCCGAGGAAAGCAGCGCAGGGGAGAAAUCAGGCGGGGUGCCGGGGGGGAGCCCCGCACCUCGGGGAACGCGCCGCGGCAACAACGGGACCAAAAUGCUCACGUCUCGGUGGCGAGGGGAGGGAGGGCCGGAGGGACGAAGGAGGGAGGAGGGAGGAGAGAGGGAGAGAGGGCGGACGGGCGGCCCCCCCGCAGCGCCCUCGCCCCGCGCGGCGGCGGCAGGACUGCGCCGUGCCCGCGCCCGUGCCCGCGCCCCCGGGCCGGGACCCGGCCCCGCGCGGUUAUUGCAUUAUUUAAUUAUCUCCACUUUAUUCCUUCAGAUGUUUAUCAGCUGCUUUGCAUAUCACGUGGGGGCGGGCGGCCCAAUGAGGGCCGGCCUGGCGCGACACUGGCGCGUCAGCCUUGGUCAAGUCCCGGAGGUUGAGUAUCUCUUUUUUCAGUCUUUGGGGCUUUUAAAAAAGAGCCACUAGUCUCAAUGCGGAGCGGGCUAUGACAGCCUCCGUGCUCCUCCACCCCCGCUGGAUCGAGCCCGUCAUGUUCCUCUACGACAACAGCCUGGAUGAGAUCAAUAAGAACAUGGACGGGUUUCACGCCGGCAGCAACUUCGCGGCGGCGGCGGCGGCCAACCCCUGCCGCAACCUGAUGGCUCACCCCGCUCCCCUGGCCGCCCCCAGCGCCGCCGCCUACACCUCCAGCGAAGCCCCCGCGGCCGGCAUGGCCGAGCCUGCUGUCAAGCAGUGCAGCCCCUGCUCCGCCGCCGUGCAGAGCUCCUCCGGCGCCGCUCUGCCCUACGGCUACUUCAGCAGCGGCUACUACCCUUGCCGUAUGACCCACCACAACGCCAUCAAGUCCUGCGCCCAGCCCGCCUCCACCUUCGCCGACAAAUAUAUGGACACCUCAGUCUCCGGCGAGGAGUUCACGUCGCGGGCCAAGGAAUUCGCCUUCUACCAGGGCUACGCCGCCGGCCCCUACCAGCCGGUGCCUGGCUAUCUGGAUAUGCCCGUGGUGCCCGCCAUCGGCGGCCCCGGCGAGCCGCGCCACGACCCCCUGCUCCCUAUGGACAGCUACCAGCCUUGGACCAUCACCAAUGGGUGGAACGGGCAAGUGUACUGCCCCAAGGAGCAGAGCCAGCCGCCUCACCUCUGGAAAUCCACCCUCCCGGACGUCGUUUCACACCCCUCCGAUGCGAACUCGUACAGACGUGGGAGAAAGAAAAGGGUGCCUUACACAAAGGUCCAGUUAAAAGAACUCGAAAGGGAAUAUGCUACAAAUAAAUUCAUAACCAAAGACAAACGGAGGAGGAUAUCGGCAACUACAAAUCUGUCAGAGAGACAGGUCACAAUCUGGUUCCAAAACAGAAGGGUCAAAGAGAAAAAAGUGAUCAACAAAUUGAAGACUACCAGUUAAUGGAUUAAAAAUGGAGAAGCAUCAACUCAAAAGUUUCAGAACUUUUUUCAUGUUCAGAUUAAAAUAAUUAUUAAUAAUAAUUAAAAAGAGAAAAGACAAUGAACCUCUUCCUUCAGAACAAGAGAUCUGUAUCUUUGGAAUUAUAGCUUCUUUUUUUCUUUUUUUUUUUUCUUUCUUAUUUUUUAAUAUUGCUGUAGCAAAAUGGUUAAAACUGACAGUUCUUCUGAAAUCCCGAGUAGCCAGUCAGUAUCACUGACAGACUGUAAAGCCCGCAUGCCCAGCCCCAAGAGACAAAAUUUCAAUUAAGACACACGAUUUUCUGAUAAACUUGUGUUUCUACGACCUCACUAUUUGAGAAGACUCUUCGUGGCCACGAUGCAAGAGCUGAUUAAAGUGAGAAGGUCGAUGUGGACACAUAAGCUGUUUUUCUUCCAUUGCAAUCCAAACUGUAUGUUGAAUGACUGCUCAGGUAAACCAUAGUGAAAAAAAGUACAAUUACUGUAUGUGUUUAAGCAAUGCAUUUAAUGUCAGAAAGUAAUAAUAGACCUCGAAGGUACUGAAUAAGGAUUUCAGAGACAUCAGUAAUGAAGGAAGCUCUGUGGAGGAUCUAUCUUGAUAGCAAAUUUAAAACAUCGCAAACUAGGGGGAAUAGAAAGGAAAAUAUUAGGUCGGAGAUGGCUUUCGAUUUUAGUUUUUAUUUGCAAAAUAUUAUUUCUUGUCAUCUGAACUGAGGGUUUUUGUUGUUUAUUUUUUCUCCUGCAGACCCUAAAAUAGAUACUUUUCAAAGGACUUUGUCUAUCUUAAAUCUCAAAUAAUCUUCAAGAAUUAAUAUUCUGAGUCCCUGGAAAUUUUAAAGUAUUUGACUAUGGGUGGAUACAAAACCACGAACAUUGGCAUUUCUUUACAGUUAAAAGAAAAAAAGAAAGGGGGGUGGAAAGGAAAAAAUAUAAAACUCCCACACCUUCCUGGAAAAAAUAUCCAAGAACUUUGAACUGAAACACAUUCUUCCCCAGAAGUAUUUUGAUUUAUAUAAUCUAUAUUUUGAUCUAUAAGUAAUUAGUCGUUUUUCCUUGUUUAUUGUCUGUUAUGAGGCCGCAGUAGAACCUUUAGGGAUUCUUCUUACAGCACCUUUUAAUCCAAUCAGUUAUUUCAACCAGCACAUUAUUUUGUUUUUAUUCACUAUAAGAAGCUAUCUUGUAAAUAAUAAUAAUAAAAAAAAAAAAAUCAGCGCACUGUGAAAAUGUACUUGUGCACCCUCCUUUUUUUUUUUUUAUAUUUCUACUGAAAAAAUGAAAAACCAAGACGUGUAGAUAGGUAUAGUAGUAUUAGUACUGUUAAUAAAAUAGUCACUGUAAUAAAAUCUGAAAGAAAUACUCUUUAUUUUUCCACACCUACGUGCAUCUCAUAAGAAAAAUAUAAUGCCUCUGUCUUGUAAUACUGUUGUCUUCCGUUAUGUAGCGCUUAUAUAUAUAUAUAUCUAUGGUGGGUUUUUUUUUCUGGAUGGUGUUUGUCUAUGGGCAGGCAUGCCUGAUAACCAGCAUUCCUAAACUAUAAAUGUUUUGGUAAUGUUAAACAGUGUUUUUGCAACGGGCUGGGGGCCACGGGGAGGAAGAGCAGGAUGAUACCAGUGCAGCGCUGCA